GCGUGAUGCAGUAGAGAUGAACGGGGCGGUCACCUCUCCGCCCACUGACUUCCCUGUGGAGGUGACUAGUGACGGGGUGCUGGGCUGGAUGACCCAGACGGCGCUGCGCGUGGGCGUGGCGGGCGUGGUGGGCGUGGACGUAGUGGGCGUGGAGGAGGACCUGCUCCUGCAGCAGCAGCAACAGCAGGAGGAGGGCAGCGAGCAGCACCCCCACACGCAGUUGGAGCGACGCAACAGCAGCGAACAUAACGAAGGUCAUGAACAACAGCACUGGAAUCGCCUGGGCAUGUUGCUACUGGUGUCUACCCUGGCGGCGCUGGGCACCCUGGGUAACAUCUUCGCCAUCGCUGCCGUCAUGACUGAGGACCACCUCAGGAAGAAAGGGAACGUGCUGGUGGUUAACGUGAUGCUGGCUGGGCUGGUGGUGAGUGCGGGCGUUCUUCCGUCAUGGGUGGUGGCGCUGUUGGCAGGAUGGGCGCGACCCACGCCCGUGUGCUGCGCCUCGUGGCUCCUCACCACCCUGGCCGCCCACGCCGCCCUCCUCACUCUGCCCUCCCUGGCCUGGGAGAACUCUGCGAGGGUGGCAGGCCGCAGCGUGGGCGUUGCUGUCCUGGCCGUCAUGGUGGGCGUGUCGUGGGCGGCCGCCUGCGUCAUUACCGUCACUCAGUGGGUGACGGGGCUGGCGCCUAUGCACUGCGCCGCCCGCAUGCCCCCUCCACGACCGUCUACCCACACGGCCUUCACGUCGGGCGUGGGGGUGGCUUUGGUGGCGGUGCCGCUGGUCACCGCCCUCAGCAUUCACCUUCACACUCUCCUGGCAGGGCGGGGCGGCGCUAGACGCCCCGUGCCGCCCACCAUGAAGCCCCCACAGGCCCUGACGCGGGACCUGGCUCUCACUGGCACCAACCUGGUGGUGACAGCCGCCGCGGGCGGGUGCUGGGUGGCAGGCCUAGCAGGGGACUGGUGGGCUGAGGAUCCCCUCAGAACUGGCGUGGCCUGGCUUCCCAUCGUCGCAGCCACAGCCUCCAGCUUCAUAUAUGCCGCCCAUAAGCCCUUCCGUGAGGCCUACGUGCAGCUGUUUCACUACUGCUGUUGCAAAACCUCUGUCUCUCUCUCCCGCCGUGGCCGCAGCGGCGAAGCGGCAGCGGCAGCGGCGGCGGCUGCCGCAGCAGCGGCGCGCCCAGCCAGUGAUGUACGGGUACAUAUAAUUCCAGGAUACAACAUGUACACCACAGCCUCUGCCAGGGACCACCGCCCACCCAUACACGCCCACGUCAAGACUCCCAGAAGCAAGGAAUCAAGGCGUCCCAAGCACCAUCACAAGAAGGACGUCUAUGAACUGUAGCAGGAGCGAUCAUGGCCACUCGCACUCACUCUCCUCAUUUUUGAUCCAUCCACCUUCCUCGUCGCUUUUUGUUUACAUCCUCCAUCUCCUUUUCUCAUAGCUUUCUCCGUCUUCGUCACCUUCUUGCUAUUUUAUCAGUCUGUGCUUGCCAGCCACCUCAUCUCACGACUGUCAGCAUCUCUCAGCUAGGAUACGUACAGGGGUAUGUCUUGUAUCUCCUGCCACAGCCAUCUGUGUCAGCAUCCCUCAGCCCUAGUACACCACCUGAGUCUCCUGCCACUACCAUCUGUGUUAGCGACACUCAUCAACGUCUACCUCCUCUCCCUGAUCUCUUUCCUCUUUCCCCCACUUGUGCCUCCUCCCCUGACAUCUAGUCUCUUCCCUGACCUCCACUUACUCUCCCUGACAUCUACGACUUUCCCCUAACCUCUCUCCUCUCCAACGAAAACAUUGUGCUUUACCUCUUCUGUAUUGCUAGUGUGUCUAUGCACUGUAUCCAGCUCGUCUACUUUGUCAACAUUUAUAAAAUGUAACCUAAAUGACUAUACACCUAGGUGGAUAUAAAAUCGUUUCAUGAAAUAAAUGCGACUCGAAAUAGCCACUUUUUAUUACGAAACAAAAGGAUGAUGGAUCUACAUCGUGUGACUGCCCUGUUUUACAAAGCCAUUUUAUAAAGUUAGAACAAGAGCUAGUUUUCUUUAUCCUAGCACAACCAUCUCGCAGGAUGCCUAGUCAUAUUCUAGGAUAUAAUGUCAAGUCAAGAGAGGGAACAAAAAUUGUGUCACGAACAGUAAUUAUUGUUAAAUUAAAGUGCACAAAAAUAGUCAGGCAUUCACAGAGGUGAAUAAUUGUCUCGUUCACAAAGAGGGAUAAAUAUCACUUCACAGAGAGAGAUAAUGUCUAAGUAAAAGAAAUAAUAUCACGAAAAUAGUGACUCAGACCAGUCUCGGGGAAAGGGGACGCAAAUCGCCAUGUGUAUUGACAGUGCAUAAGAACGAUCCCUCGCUGCCGAAAAGAGAACGCCUCAGAAAAUGUUACCCUCAAAGGCAUGAUGAAGCACCAUAGUGAGAGACGCAGCAUCUCAACAAGAAGCAACAGAUUCACUCUGCAUCAACGUAUUCACCUCGGCAGCAUUGCAGGUCACCCUGCAACAUUUCAGAACUACUGCAAUAUGUCUAUCUCUCCGACCGCUCAUCAAGCAACAAACUCAAACCACAGAAACAUGUUUACAUCUGCAACAUUACAAAAAAGCAACUGUCCCCUGACUGCAGCAACAUGUCCACCUCUGCAACACACAACUCUUCUACUUCAAGCAUAAAAAGCUGCUACUUUGCAGCAUUUGAAGUUACCACACUUCUUGAAAUGAUUCACCCAUGAUGGUACCACGUAACCUGCCAUAUAUCACCUAUAAUCACCAGUGAACCGUUACUACACUACUAGACAUAAAUAACCUACCUUUUAUUCAUUACCACACUCCUUUCAGUCACCCAUAAUCAAUACUUUUCCUACUAUAAAUCCAUUAUGUCAGCCACAGAAUCAUUUAUCUUCACCACAACCACAAACCUGCUUCCAUAGGCACAGCUGUUGACACCCCAACUAAGCACACGGAGGUGAGGAAAUGAAUAUCAUCAUCUGGGUAAACCAUAGCAACAUACAUAUGAUCUAGGCUACCAUCCGUAUUACUGCAUAACUGUCA